CAUGCGUCGACGCCCGCAUGAUGGGUUUCGCAGGUGCUCGACUUCAUGACUUGUAGUGGGCGCCCGGUUGCUGCGUGGGCCAUCUUCCCGACAGCCAAGGUAGGUAGGUGCAUGGCCGUUGACGCGCGCGGGAGGGGGUGCUCUGCCGGAUAUCCCAAUUGGACAGACAGCGAGCAGAGCCUUGGGAGGCUGCCUAGCCCAGUCAGCUAGCGGCUGACGCUGCGGGCGCGGGGUUGGCGAAUGCCAUGUGUGCUGUGUGGCCGAUCCUGGGCGGCCUCCGGCGUCGCAGGCCGUUGAGAUGGGAGCAGGCGCGUGUAUCUACAUAUUGGCUCGGGAAGAGAGGUAGCUGGUCGGGUGAUCUAGGUGGCUGCCGAUCUAGUCCUUGGGUUGGUAUAUAUCGAGAUAUCCCCAUCUAGACUACACCACCUGCGUCGGUUGACCGCGACCUGGGAUCACGUCGUUAGCCGCCGGUCCUGCAACUCCCUUAGCUCCCCUCUCCUGGUCACUGGACCAACAGCUAGCCGUAAGCUCGCUUGAACGAAAAAAAAGAAAACCCCCCGCACACAAAAAGGGCAGGCCAUCACCUCUCUCCGCCAUUUGCAACCCGCCCCAGAUGGGCGCCAACGAGUCCAGGGAAGCAGCGCGAUCCACCUACGGCGGCGAGUGGAGACCCCUGGCAAUCAACGCCAGCACCUUCGACAGCGAGUUCCUCCUCCCCAGCGGCGAGCACGAGGACGGCCGCGGCGCAACAAUGGGCCAGUCGGAGCCGCCAUCCCGCCCCGGCGAGGGUACCGCCGCCGCCGCGCAUCAUUCUCCGCAGACGCAGCAGAUGCUCUCCCUCCUCGCGCGGCAGCACGAGCGCCUGAUCCUCGAGCUCUUCACCUUCAAGGACGGCGCGCAGUUCCGGGCCUGGCUACGCAGCCCGCAGGUCCGGGGCUCGUGGCUCGAGUUCCGGCGCGACUCGGCCGCCGUCGCCGCCCGGUCAUCCGUCCCCCUCCCCCACCACCCGGCCGGCAGUGGCGGCAGCGGCGGCGGCGGUGGCGGCGGCAACGAGGAAAUGGACAAGGCCAAGGCGGCGCAGCAGGCCAAGGACGCGGUCCAGAAGAAGUCGCCGCGCUACCUGCUGCACUACCCGGACAAGCGCGACUGGACGGCCGACGACCACACGGUGCGCUUCAUCGCCGUCGUCAUCUACGACAACCUCCUCACCGGCAUGUGGUCGAGCGGCGACUGGAGCUGCAGGGCGCUCGACAUUGCAAAGUCGGUCUACGAGGUGCUGGUGUUCCUGAGGUCGACGGACCCGAUGACUGUGGACGAGGCGAGCCCGCCGGAUUACACUGCCUAGGGGGGGUGAGGUUGGGUUUCGCUGGGAUUGCGUUUGUUAUCUAGCAUGGGUUUUGGUUCGUUUUUUUGUUUGUUUGUUUUGUUCUGUAAUUCAACAGCAUGGCGAUGGCUUCAUAUUUAUUCAAUCAACCACUCAUCAAUCACGACGUCGCGCGGCUUGCAGUGGGCGUUGGCGCCAAGGCGUC